AUGGCUCGUACGAAGCAGACGGCCCGCAAGUCCACCGGCGGCAAGGCGCCCCGCAAGCAGCUGGCCACCAAAGCGGCCCGCAAGAGCGCCCCGGCCACCGGCGGCGUGAAGAAGCCUCACCGUUACCGGCCCGGCACCGUGGCGCUGCGGGAGAUCCGCCGCUACCAGAAGUCCACCGAGCUGCUGAUCCGCAAGCUGCCCUUCCAGCGGCUGGUGCGGGAGAUCGCCCAGGACUUCAAGACGGACCUGCGCUUCCAGAGCUCGGCCGUCAUGGCCCUGCAGGAGGCCAGCGAGGCCUACCUGGUGGGGCUCUUCGAGGACACCAACCUGUGCGCCAUCCACGCCAAGCGGGUCACCAUCAUGCCCAAGGACAUCCAGCUGGCCCGCCGUAUCCGCGGAGAGAGGCUUUACGAAGUCGUCAGAAGAGGAAGCUUCGCGGAGCGUCCUGCGACUGCUGUGGAGUUUGUGCUUAAGAAAGUUUACAUCUGGGAAGGAGGUGACUAUAGCUCUUUCCAGAAAAUGUGGGUGGCUCUGAAAAGAGCCUUUGGGUUCGUUGAGCGAGAAGUCUCACUGGCAGUCUACUUGGAGCUGGUGUACUUGGUGACGGCCUUGGUGCCCUCGGACACGGCGUGCUUGGCCAGCUCCCCGGGCAGCAGCAGGCGCACGGCCGUCUGGAUCUCCCGGGACGUGAUGGGAGGAAAGGCUCGGGCCAAGGCCAAGUCCCGCUCGUCCCGGGCCGGGCUGCAGUUCCCGGUGGGCCGCGUCCACCGGCUGCUGCGCAAGGGCAACUACGCGGAGCGGGUGGGGGCGGGCGCGCCCGUCUACCUGGCCGCCGUGCUCGAGUACCUGACGGCCGAGAUCCUGGAGCUGGCGGGCAACGCGGCCCGCGACAACAAGAAGACCCGCAUCAUCCCGCGGCACCUGCAGCUGGCCAUCCGCAACGACGAGGAGCUCAACAAGCUGCUGGGCAAGGUCACCAUCGCCCAGGGCGGCGUCCUGCCCAACAUCCAGGCCGUGCUGCUCCCCAAGAAGACCGAGAGCCACCACAAGGCUAAAGUUUUACGAAUGCGUUCUUGGGCGUCCUGCCAGCAAUUAAAUCUUAACACCUCAAUUCAUUACAGCGCUGCCGCAUUCGCCCCUCUCACUCGUUUCCAGGGAAGGCAGGAGCGGAGUAAGGGGUGUCAAAGGAUGGCUCGUACGAAGCAGACGGCCCGCAAGUCCACCGGGGGCAAGGCGCCCCGCAAGCAGCUGGCCACCAAGGCGGCCCGCAAGAGCGCCCCGGCCACCGGCGGCGUGAAGAAGCCUCACCGCUACCGGCCCGGCACCGUGGCGCUGCGGGAGAUCCGCCGCUACCAGAAGUCCACCGAGCUGCUGAUCCGCAAGCUGCCCUUCCAGCGGCUGGUGCGGGAGAUCGCCCAGGACUUCAAGACGGACCUGCGCUUCCAGAGCUCGGCCGUCAUGGCCCUGCAGGAGGCCAGCGAGGCCUACCUGGUGGGGCUCUUCGAGGACACCAACCUGUGCGCCAUCCACGCCAAGCGCGUCACCAUCAUGCCCAAGGACAUCCAGCUGGCUCGCCGCAUCCGCGGGGAACGGGCGUAGAUUUCCUGCCGCCGCCUGAUUUUCCAACACCCAAAGGCUCUUUUCAGAGCCACCCACUUUCUCACCGAAGAACUGUAACUACUUAUUGCAAACUUCUGUGGUCGUGACUUAAUUUCCCCACGGUUUCCGGCAUCUAGGUAGCCGAGAUCCUUCUAAAGUCAAAUUGCGGGGGGGAGGGGGUGCUUUUUUUCUUUUUUAGCCCCUUUGAAUGCGGCGGUUUGGGGCCAAGCGAAGCACAAUUUAGAGUUUUGAACAAGGCUGACGGUACUGGGACGGAAUCGCUUCACUUCCCACCGGAAACGAGUUCCCGCCCCUGCCUUGUUCAGCUCUUACCCCCAUUAGAUCGAUCCUGAGCUGAGUCCAGCUGGCCCCUUAUCCCGGGCCGAAGGGAAAGCCACAGAGGACCUGCGUUCCAGACUGCACUCCGCUAUUGGUCUGCUGCGC